CCGCUAGACUCUGACUGGCGCUGUUGCCCUCCAAAUUAAAUUGAUAUUUGCAAUUGCAGGAGAGGGAGAGAAGAGAGUGUUCUGUUUCGAGGGCUUGUUUCGUUAAUGAUGGAGUGAAUGAAACCAAAAGCGACAGAGCUACAGGAGACUGCACACACACACGCGCGCGCGCGCGCACACAGACACACACAAUGGGACGGGGAGCCACACGCAGCACGGUGAACUGGAGAGUCAUGUGCAGGGACACGCUUUGUGUUGUCAUUAUUUAAAUGAUCACAGAUCGGACAGUGGGAACCUGAGGGAGAUGAAUUGACGUUUUUUUGUAGCAGCGGUGGGACGGACGGGUUUGUACCGGCGCGCCUCACAGCCAUGGCAUGGUUUUGCAUCUUAACUUUGGCCGUCGGUGUUCACGUGAACAAAGUGCUGGCUGGGCCACGCUUCUCUCAGGAGCCAGCAGAUCAGUCGGUGGUGUUGGGGGAGCGGGUUGUACUCUCCUGUGUGGUGUUUAACUACACGGGCAUCGUCCAGUGGACCAAAGACGGACUCGCUCUAGGCAUUGGAGAGGACCUGAGGGCAUGGCCACGUUAUCGUGUAUUAAGGAUCAUUGACGUGGGUCAGUAUAACCUGGAGAUUUCGUCAGCCGAGCUCUCGGAUGAUUCUCUGUAUGAGUGUCAAGCCACUGAAGCAGCUCUCCGAUCCAGAAGAGCCAAACUCACUGUCCUCAUUCCCCCAGAUGAUCCAGUGAUAGAAGGUGCUCCAGAGAUUUUGUUGACAGCAGGAAUCUCGUACAACCUGACAUGUGUGUCCCGAGGGGCCAAACCACUCUCGACCAUAGAGUGGUAUAAAGAUGGAGUUAUAGUGGAAGGAGCUCAUACUAGCACUGAGGUUUUGCCUGACAGGAAGCGAGUAACCACACGCAGUUUCCUGCCUAUUCAGCCUGUAGACACAGACACUGGACACAACUUCACCUGUGUCUCCUCCAAUCUGGCUGUGCCACUGGGCAAACGAGCCAGUGUCACACUCAACGUACACCAUGCUCCCACAGUUUUAUUAUCGAUCGAGCCUCGUUCAGUUCUAGAGGGAGAGAGAGUAACAUUUACAUGCCAAGCUACAGCCAACCCUCCUAUCAUGGGCUACAGGUGGGCUAAAGGUGGAGUAAUCCUGGAGGGAGCGAGGGAGAGUGUGUUCGUAACUACAGCUGAUCACUCGUUCUUCACUGAGCCUGUUUCCUGCCAGGUGUUCAACGCUGUGGGCAGCACCAACGUCAGCAUAUUGGUGGAUGUACACUUUGGUCCAAUCCUGGUAGUGGAACCGAGGCCUGUAACGGUGGAUGUGGACUCUGAUGUAACACUGAACUGUAAAUGGGCAGGAAAUCCUCCUCUUACACUCACCUGGACAAAAAAGGGCUCCAGUAUGGUUCUCAGUAAUAAUAAUCAGUUGUAUUUGAAGUCAGUGAGUCAGGCUGAUGCAGGACAGUAUGUGUGUAAAGCCAUCGUACCCAGGAUUGGGGUUGGGGAGACAGAGGUCACACUCACAGUCAAUGGUCCGCCAAUUAUUUCAAGUGAACCAGUUCAGUAUGCUGUAAGAGGUGAGAAGGGUGAGAUCAAAUGCUACAUUGCGAGCACACCUCCUCCUGACAAAAUUGUGUGGGCCUGGAAGGAGAAUGUGUGGGAGAAAGAUAGAGGCACUCUGUCAGAGAGAUACACAGUAGAGCAGAGCAAGCCAGCAUCAGAAGGGGGUGCUGUGCUCUCCACCCUCACCAUCAAUAAUGUGAUAGAGUCAGACUUUCAAUCCACAUACAACUGCACGGCCUGGAACUCAUUUGGACCAGGCACCAUGAUCAUCACACUGGCAGAGACAGAUAUUGUCCCUGUGGGUAUAAUAGCUGGUGGGACAGUCGGAUCCUCCAUCCUGCUUGUUCUCUUCUUGCUCGCCCUGGCCUUCUACCUCUACCGCCAGCGAAAAGCCAGUCGUCGAGGGGUUGCACUGAAGCCUGACAUCAAGGUCGAGACAGUCAACAAGGAGACACCCAGCCUAGAAGAAGAUACUGCAGGUGUCUCUACAGCAUCUCGCAUGUUUCUUCCCUCUGUCUCCCUCUCUCCCUCCACUCAGCCUUUCAAAGACGACACGGACCUGAAGCAGGACACUCGCAGUGAAACACUGGAGACCAAGGAGGAGUACGAGCUGAAGGACCCAACAAAUGGCUAUUACAACGUGCGAGCAACGACCCAUGAAGAAGGACGUACCACGGCCCGCUACCAGGAAUUCCGCCCACCCAACCCAUCCUCAGUCUCCACUUCUGCAGCAGGCUCAGCACCCAGUAUUAAUCCUGCUCCUAUUGGUCGCUAUGAACCGCGCCCACCAUCUCGGAUUACUCACAACACUUACGCCCACUUCAGCACCAUCGCCAGGACCAAACAAAGCCAGGGUCCACCCAAAGCAGCGCUUCAGACCACAGAUUAUUCCAGAGAAUGUGGCCUGCUUGAAUCAACCAAUCAGCUCACUUAUGACACAUAUGGAUACCAAACCACGGCACAAUACGCUCAGUAUAGGCUUGGCUUUGCUCCACCGCUUGAGGAAGGACCAGCGUAUGAGAUGUAUCCAACAGGACAGGGGGUGGGGCCAAAUCAAGGGGUAGGGCCAGACGCUGGACUGGGGAAGUACGGGAGCUCAACACGUUUCUCCUAUUCGUCUCCACCCACAGAAUACUCUCAGAGACACACGCAGAGGAUGCAGACACAUGUAUGAGAGUGUAACAGGACACUGAUACACACACACAUACAUUUACUGAGGACUUACAAUUGUGGUUAAUCAAAAUCUAGAUUCACAGAUUAGUGUAGCUAUCUCACAGACACACACACACACACACACACACGCACGCACGUGCACACACAUUGUAUUUUGUACUAUCAUGUCUUCAUUUUGUGCCAUCACUAUAAUGCCAAACCAAGAUUAAGUAUGAAAUGCAAAGAUAAAAUAUAAAAAGGGUGGAGGGACACAUUCAUAACUUCUAUAUAUUCCGUUCUCCAUUCUCCCCUUACCCCUGUUUCACUUCUCCUGUCAUCAUAUGUAAAUAUACCCGAAAGAAGUGUCAACAGACACAAGGAGUGUUUCCUGAAGUUGAUAACUGCCCUGGUAUAACAAGCACGAUAGCUGAUAAGAAGCAAUAGGUUUGUCCAUUUAAGGGGACGUUGUGACCCGACUGUUUCCUGUUGGAAUCUGCAGAUGGCACCAGAGGUUGUUGGGAAAUUUCUCCAGCCUCAGUUAACACAGUCUGUGCCAUUAGAUAAUAUGAAGAACAGUGUAUGUGUGUAAAGUGUAUGCUCUUCAGUGCAAAGUCUCAUUGGUGUCAUACCUGCAGGAGUUGCAGAAUGUCAUUAGAUAUGAAAUAAUCAGACAGUAAGAUUUUUGCUUGUAGCAAAAGAGUGACUCUUUCCACUGUUGGUGGCAGCCCAUAAAAUGGUGAUGGAAGUCUAUAUAAUUUAUAGUCAUUUUGUCUUAGCAGUACAUCAAUAACUGGCAGCUAUUGCAAAAAUUGCAUUUUAUAGAAACUCCUACUGGUGGAUUUCUUGGUGUUUCCAAGUCCCAAGUGUGAUAGAUUUGGUCCAAAUUGCAGAUGAAGACCAUCUUAUUCCAGCUAUAUGAAUACAUUAAGAACAGCAUUUGCACUGCCCUUUUUGUGAAGGGAUUUGUGUAAAAAGCUACAACUGUGCAGUACUCAAUGUCUGGGCCUGAAAACACAGAAUUACAUAAACUUAGAGGAAACACUGCACGUGUGUGAGCAACAGCUUAGCUUCCCUUGUUCUGGAAAGGCAGAUAAAACUUUUCUAAGCCUGUAUUCAUAAACCUUUGUGACUGCACUUUUUGUAAUUUUGGUACCAAUGCAUUAGAAAAUGUAUAACUCUUUAUAAUACCUCAUAAAGCUUUAAGGAAAUGAAUUCUAGUACUUUAUUAAUGAAUUAAACAUGUUGUAAUAUAAACAACACUGUUCAUAAUAAUGCCAUGGUUCACAGCAUUACUGCCCCGAAUGACUGUGCUGUGCACCUUUAAUAUUUAUUAAGAAGUAUUAAACAAUAGGACUAUUAUAAGUUGUCAAGUGCAGAUCAGCUAAACAUUAUUUCUAUUAUUUAUAUUACAAGUUUAAAGCUGCUAUAGACCAUGUACAUAGGCAUAUUAAUUCAGUUUAAAUAUUUGUCAUUACAAAGCAUUACCUUACCAAAAUUACAAAUAAUAAUAAGUACGGUCAUAAAGCUGUAUACAUUCAGGCUUUAUAUAAAGUGUUACUGAAAAAAAAAAUGUCCAAGAUGCUUUUUCAUACCUGGUACUCAAAAAGUACCAAAAAAGAAGAAAAAGCAGAAGAGGUGAAGGCCUCCCUUCCAUAAAACCUAAAUUGUUUGAUACUUUUUAUGUGUAUGUGUGAGUGAGCACACAAACUCAUAAAUGUGGGGAUGUUCCAGAGGGAACAAUUGAACCUUUUCUAUUUGUACAGUCCUCUUGUCCUACAUCACAUAUUUGCCCCUGCAAAGUAGAAGAGCGCUUUUUCCACAUUUGUAUCUGAACUUAGAACAUGGCAUUUGAAAGCAUUUUUAUAUAUUUUUAUACAAAAGAAAAAAGAAGACAGACUAACAGUUCAGAAAAUGUGUGGAAAGGCAUUUGUUUCCAAGUCGUUGUUGAUGUGAGUAAUUUGUACUUUUACAGUUCCAUUACCAGACGGUGUCCACUGGGAAAAAAAAAAAAAUUACCCAUGUUUAUUUUGAACAUUGAAUAAAUACCCACUAUUAGCUUAUUUAAAACAUUAAAUGUAGCUACAUUACAGUGUGCCAUUACUUCUUCUCUCCAGAUUGGUGACUUAAUAUUUCUUUAUGCCAUUAUUUGUGCCCAUUUUGUACCGUCUGAAUGAAAGAUGCAAAUGAAACAUGCAAAAAUAUAACUAGGCAAGGUUUUAUCCAUACACAUUAUAUAGAUAUUAAUCAGUGAUGUGUUUCCUGAUGCACAUUGUUUAGGUGGAAUUUUAAAAACUGUCUUCCCAUUCGAUUGUCAUUGAAGGACAGAUUUGCUAAACAGGGUGAAGGCUUUCAAAUUUAGCAAAUAAUUGGCUUCAAGAAGUGAAAAAGCCCUGCUAUUUCCCACCUUGUUCCUGGUGUUGCUGGGAUUGGCGCCAGACCCACCACGAUCCCACUCAGAAUAUAGUGGUUACUGAAGAUGAAGGAAUGAAUGAAUGAAGUGAAUAAUUCAACUGAAAUUCCUUUUAGUAGGAACUUCUGGUUAGCAUUGAAAUGAUACAAUAAAUUCACUCUCUUUAGCAGUACAAAAUACCACUUUGUAUUUAAUGCUACAGACAUGAAAGUAGAUAUCACAUUAUCAGUCAGUCUCUCUCAUCUCCACAAGUAUAAUGGAUGAUCAGUGAAUGAAUGUGCAGUACUCUCUGUGGAUGUGUGUCAUAGCGUGAAUAUCACCCACUCACCCAAUUACUGUAUCUAUCUUACUCCUGUUAUAAAAGCCUAUUUAGUAUUAUUGUGUUUAUAUUGGGUCUUGUACUUGUGAAUUUCAUAAUUUUAUUCAUCUUUUAAAUGUGUACAAAAAUCAAAAAUUUAUAUUAUUCAUAUUUGUCUUAUUCCCUAAUCUUAUUUUACACAAGAUUUUUUAUUGUGUGAUUAUUUUUCCAUAUUACUGA